AUAAUAAUAAUAACUGUAUUUAUGGAUGAUUGAACAGCAGGAAAACGAAGUCUUCAGGGAGUCCAGGUUACAUAACCUGGACUCAGUGACAUGUUUAUCUACAGCGUAGACCUGAACCAACCAAUCAGAGAGCACAAUGAUCAGAUCAAUACUCCACCAAUCAGUGACAGAGUCAGAGUGGACCAGCUGGUUCUGGUUCUAAACCCCUGCAGAGCAUCCUGCUGACCUGGGCUCAGCCACGGAGACCGUCCCUAUAAAGAGCAGCGGCCUCACAGGGUCUAGGUCUGUCCCCCAUCAUGUCUCGCUGUGUCCUGGUCCUGGUCCUGGUGUCCCUGGUCUGUCUGACCCGGUUCAGCUCGGCUCAGCCCGUCGACAGCCGGACCGAACUGAAGAAGGUUCAGGACGUCCUGGAGGAGUUGAAGGCCGAGAGACGAGAGAUGAGUGAGCGUCUGGAGGCGGCUGAGAGAGAGCUGAAGAGAGUCCGCGAAACACCUAAAGUUGCCUUCGCUGCCUCGCUGGGAGGAAACGGUCUCGUGAAGACGACGACCGGCAACAAAGACCUCGUCUACAAGGACGUCCUGACCAACGUGGGCGGGGCUUAUAACGCUGAGACAGGUGAGUUCACCGCUCCGGUUCGUGGAGUCUACUACGUCCGCUUUACGGCCAACGCUCCCACUAACUUCCCCAUGAGCUCCGUGCUCUACAAGAACGGCGCUGAGGUCCAGCUGAUCGCCCACGAGCAGCCGUCCGGAGAGGGCAGCGACACGGCGUCCAACGGCGCCGCCCUGCUGCUGGAGACGGGCGACACGCUGAAGAUGGUGCUGUGGAUGAACACGCAGAUCUGGGACAACAGCAACCACCACAGCACCUUCAGCGGCUUCCUGCUGUUCCCCCUGGUGGAUGAACCUCCGACAGAGUUUGACGCUGAAGCCGAACUGAAGACUCUUCAGGCUUCACUGAAGCAGCUUCAGACCGACAACCUGGGAGUCAAGGAGAGACUGGAGACGACGGAGAAGGAGCUGAAGGCCAUGAGAGACGUACCGAAGGUGGCGUUUGCGGUGUCUCUGGGAGGAGACGGUCUCCAGAAGUCGACAUCAGGAAGCAGAACUCUGAUCUACAGAGACGUUCUGACCAACGUGGGUCAGGCCUACAGCUCAGAGACGGGUGAGUUCACCGCUCCGGUUCGUGGAGUCUACUACGUCCGCUUUACGGCCAACGCUCCCACUAACUUCCCCAUGAGCUCCGUGCUCUACAAGAACGGCGCUGAGGUCCAGCUGAUCGCCCACGAGCAGCCGUCCGGAGAGGGCAGCGACACGGCGUCCAACGGCGCCGCCCUGCUGCUGGAGACGGGCGACACGCUGAAGAUGGUGCUGUGGAUGAACACGCAGAUCUGGGACAACAGCAACCACCACAGCACCUUCAGCGGCUUCCUGCUGUUCCCCCUGUGAGGACGAGGCCUCACCUUCAUCAUCACCUUCAUCAUCAGGACCUUUGACAGUCUGAUUGGU